GAGAGGGCGCUCUUAAGCGGAACGUUGUGCUAGUGCAGCGAGAAAAUGGGCGGAUGAGCCAUGCGGUUGAACUACAACGGACGGUCAGUGUUUAAAUGCUGAAAUGCGCAUAAAUUCGAGAUUGAUUUACGUUAUUUGACUCACAGCGUUUUUGAUAACGGGUACGGCAUCUAGUUGGCCUAUAUGUGAUCCCAAUAUGCCUAUUAAAAGGGCUAACUUGAAUCACUACCUUCUUUAGUUCACCUGUUUUGCAUACAGAUUGUGUACAUAGUGUGUGUGUUUCUCUCUAAAUCCAAGGAUUUCGAAAACCGAGCAUUUAUAUUGACGCAUUUAUCGUGAUCUGUAAGGCAGUGAAUGCCAUUGCAUUAUGAUAUUUUUUGUGUGGACCCGCCGAAACGGAUCCCGAGUCCUAUAAAGCGUAUUUCCAAAACUAAACAUCCUCGAGGGUGUAGCGCUCGUACCCAGUGCCAGUACUCGUUUGGAAUACCUUUAACGCCUGCACCUUCGGUAUUCGACGGCCUUGUCAUCGACAUUCGUGGCUGGCGUAAGCGCUACCUUCUGAUGCUGUUGAUCGCGUUGUCGUGGCUCGUAGCACUCAAUCUUCUGCUUACGCUGUGGAUAUCGAGGGCGAUAAAUUUUUCGCUCGCCACUGGAGCGCCCUCUGUCGCCAUCAAAGCUAACUCACUGAGAGCCAACGACAUCGUCAACUUUCUUGAUGAUAUCGCUGUCAAAAAUAUUCACUCCCGAAUCGAUGAACCAAUCUUUAUUCUAUCGCAGAUCAACAUAACGCUGUCCUCGGCAGCAAGAACUCGCAAUGUAAGUUCUACAAGUUACAUGUCAAUUGCCCCGGAUCGGAUAAAUGUCCUCGCCGAAAGCUUCUCUAUACAUAGCGCAGAUGGAAAGCUUAUUUUCCAAGCAAGAGACCAGCAACCAUCAGCAUCAUCGUCACAGGCUAUCACCACCGUAACACAUACCCUUAGGAUCAUUGGUCGUGGUGGAGUGCGUUUCGAGGAUGGCGUAUCAUUACAAACGCCUGUGGUGGCAUGGGGCGACUCUGGAGGCCUCCGGAUAGAGAGUGCCACUCGCGAGCUUCGCGUUGAGGGCCCUCGCAGAGUCUCGAUCGAAUCUUCUGAAGCACGCGUAAUCCUUGAAGCCAACCAGAACCUGACUUUUACCUCCAGCCAAGGCAAGGUUGUGCUUUGCGCAGGAUCCAUCUAUCUGGAGAAGCUGCGCAGCCCGUUGGCAUCUAAAGCAGGAAAAGCCUACGGGGGCGUCUACCAAUUGUGCGUCUGUACAAGCGGCCGCCUUUUCCUAGCAUCUCCUGCAGCUUCCUGUCGGACACAUAACCCUGAUCUAUGCACAAAAGCCCUAAUGAGAAGCAGUACCAGCUAAAGCUGACUGCAACUUCGGCUUUGGCCAUUUGAGAAGUGCAUCUCUGUCACUGCCGAUUACCUAGCUGCCUCACGCUAGUGCACAUAACGCAUUGCAUAUCUGGCCUAUUUACCUAAAAACAGUCCGAAGGUAGAUGUUUAGAUAAUAUUGACUAUAUGUCCUCGCGCACACAGCUGCGUCCUAGUGUCGGUCCUACAGCUAGACAGGCAAACUAUUAGGGGUGACGAUAUGAACAGGUGUAUUGGUAAUAACAAGGGCGAAUUCGUGGUUCUAAUUUCGAGCAGAACUUGGGAGCUGAAAGGCUCGUACGUUUUACUUACUAAAGCAUAUUCGCUCUCCACAGUUCGUUUUGCACAGAAGCUAUUAUUAAAAUGAAAGGGGCAAAUAGCAAGUUGGGCUUUCAGGCCAAGAUUGGCAUAUGUUUAGAAAACAUGUCAUUCGAAGCGCAUUCUGAACAAUAUUUUCCUGUUUGCUCGGCCUUAUUCCCUUGGAUCUAAUUCUGUCAUUGUCAGACACCCGGAACGAUAGCCUAGUAUGAAGAUCCCCUUUGCGAUAUAUACGAACCGCUAAAAUUGACCGUUGCAUUUGCUACAGAGAUACGGCCAUUCGAUUAAUUUUAUAGUGUAAAAGUUCCACUUCUAUCAGUAAACGGAGAUGGCUAUCUCGAUAUCUAUCCAGAGAAGAAUGCUCAAGCGUAGGGUUCGCCUAUGAUUGCGGCGAGAGCGUACAAAUAGAUCGGAAGUAGUUGAAAUGUAUAGAUAAUAAUGUUAUGAGAAUGUAAGUUUUAAGGUUUUCCAAUGUAAGGAGGGCCUAUGGCAGAGCUAGCUAAUAGCUCAUAGCAUAGUAAAUACUCAGAGACCCUUGAUAGGUUAU